AGACUGGAAGAUUCUUGAGUGGUGAACAAGAGCUAGAAUCUCAUUGGUCGGAUUUAAUGCUAUCGUGUGGGUAUUGUUAGGCGUUGUGAUGGUUUUUAUCACUUUCUCCAUCAAAAAAGAAAACAAAUUGGCAUUUUAAAAUAAAACAAAUUGGCAUAUUUUGUUAUUAAUUUGUGGUCAUAUUUGACAACGAAAAGCAGCAGAUGAGGUAUGGUUUGUUCAACGUCCAAGUCAAAAUUUGACGAUUUUUAUUAUUAUCACUCAAGAUACAAAUUUAUUGUAGAAAAGAGCUAUUUAUUUUGUUACAACGUAAAUAAUGUCUGAAACUUUUGAUGCAUAUAUGGCACUGAACGUUGGUAAGUUUCUAUCAAUCAAAUUAAAACAUUGACAAAACAUUCUGGCUUCAACCGGUGACCGUUUAAUUAAACAUCAAAAUGAAUAAAAUAAUAAACAAAAAUUUAAUUGAGAAAAUGAACAAAUAUAAAAAUAUGAAUUUACGUUUAAUUCAUUCUCCUUCGAAAUUGGAGGACGACUUUUUCAUAAUUUUUUUCAUCUCUAAGAAAAUGAGAGGAAUAAAAUGUGACCAUUUGAUUGUAAUUUGACAAAAAAAAAUCAACAUGAAUAGUUUAAAAAUUGAAGAAUAAAAGUUUCGUCAUAAUUUUGUUCAUAAAAUAUGGUCCAAUUGAAGCCAUUAUGUUGUCAAAACACAUUAUGCGGAAGCACCGUGAACGAUUAGUUAGGGUUAAAUGCUUCUACACAAGAUCAAGGAUUCGAUUUUUACAGAAAAUACAAUUUCUUGUAAAUUAUAAGAUUCAAGCUUUUCAGAAGUUUUAAAAAUGCUCAGAGCCGUUCACAUUAUGCUAAUGUGCUGUAUAAAUAACAUGUUUACCUAGAAUGUCGUACGUGCAAAGGUAUUUAUCGAUCCGAAUGUUACGAGAAGAGUUUCGUCGUGAAAUUAUCCAUGAAUUAGGUAAUUAUCAUAAUUUGUAAUAGAUAUAGAAAUUAUAUGAUAAUGUAUCCAGUGUAAAAAAACACAGUUUCUUAUAUGAUUCUAAAACAAUAAAUAAAACAGAGGAAGGGGAUUUAGAUCUUUCACAAAAUGUCAAGAACAUUGCAGUUUCAACAUGUUUUACGUAUGUCCGGGUAUUGGUUCAUGUUUUCGGACCUUUUUAGAGCCCAUCUUCUUUUUCCACAAUAUGAUUUGGUUAAAUGAUGUUUUGGGUUCAAAUAUAGUUUGUUAUACAUGUUAUGGAUUUUGUGACUAUACAUUUUUAAGAUUAUGAUUAUUUUAGUUUAGUUGUUUUAGAUAUCAUAUCAAAAUGGAAAUAAAAUAAAUUAUUUAAAGUAAUUAUCUAAGUUCUAAAUACUUAUUUUAAAAUAUCAUAUAUUAAACAAGUAAUUAUAUAAGAUUCAAAUACUUAUUUCAGAUACUAAUCUGAAUCUUUGAACCAUGGUUUUCGAUUAUUUGGAUUUUCAAAAAAAGAAAAAAAAAUGAUAUCUAAUGGCCAAAUCAUAGACCGCGCAAAUAGGCCCAUUUAAAUACGGAGAAGCCUAACUGGGCCUUAAAGUAAAGAACUCCAAAAACAAACAACUUCCGUAUAGUUUGGGGACUUAAACUUCAGAUGCUAUAAAUAUUGUAUUAAGUUGGAAAAGAGAAGAACGGGUUUGGAGAUUUGAAGGAAAGCUUGAACGCUGUUUCUUAUUCCUCCCUCUGCCACUCUGUGAAUCCUUCUCCCACGCUUUUUUAUCUUUCAACAUGGGUCUAACGGAAGAAGAAAUCAAAAGAAUGUACAGAAUCCAGAAGACGUUGAUGCAGAUGCUCAAGGACCGUGGCUACUUUAUCGCCGAUUCUGAAAUCACGAUGACCCUAACACAGUUCGUUAGGAAGUAUGGGGACAACAUGAAAAGGGAGGAUCUUGUUACUCUCAGGGCUAAGAGGAAUGAUAGCAGUGAUCAGCUCUAUGUCUUCUUCCCUGAUGAGGUGAAAGUUGGAGUUAACACAAUGAAAGUGUACACAAACCGGAUGAAGUCAGAGAAUGUUUACAGAGCUAUCUUGGUUGUUCAGCAGAACUUGACUCCUUUUGCUCGAAAUUGCAUUAGUCAGAUCUCUUCUAAAUUCCAUCUCGAAGUUUUCCAGGAGGCGGAAAUGCUAGUGAACAUUAAGGAACAUGUUCUUGUUCCUGAGCACCAAGUUCUCACCACUGAAGAGAAGAAAACUUUACUGGAGAGAUACACUGUCAAGGAGACUCAGCUUCCAAGGAUUCAAGUGACUGAUCCAAUCGCAAGAUACUUUGGACUCAAACGUGGCCAAGUCGUCAAGAUCAUCCGUCCUAGUGAAACCGCUGGUCGUUACGUUACCUAUCGUUAUGCUGUAUAACCAAAAUUGAGAGUUGAACUCUCAGAGCUGUGAAACAUAAGACGAUUACCAAACUGUUGACAACGGUUCUUUGCUACAUUUUUCCUUCUUUUUUUGUGCACGGUUCUUUGCUACAUGUAAGAAUUGAAAAACCUUACACGAGUAUCUUUUAUUAUCAUACACUGUUAGUGCACAAUGAGCAA